AUGGAUCUUUAUCAAAUUCUCGAACUUAAUGAACCUCAACAGUAUAUUCUAUUGAAUGCAUGGAUUAUUGAGAGAUGGUACGACGAAUUCCUAUUUUGGAAUCCUGCUGAUUACGAGAAUAUCACUGAACUGCGUUUUCCUUAUGAUGAGAUUUGGCUGCCCGAUACCACUCUUUACAACUCGCUUGUUAUGAAAGACGACGACACUCGACGCCUAUUGAAUUCGAAAUUGAGCACGGACACCGAACGACGGGCGGCACUCAUCGAGCUUCUUUACCCGACUAUUUAUAAAUUCUCGUGUCUUCUCGACCUUCGGUUUUUCCCGUUUGACAUGCAGACAUGCACAAUGACAGUCUCGUCGUGGACUUAUGAUCAGAAAGGAAUCGACUAUUUCCCAUAUGCGGAUCAUAUCGGAACAUCGAAUUACCUUGAAAACGAAGGCUGGUACAUUUUGAAAACAAAAAUAAAUCGCAACGAAGUGAAAUAUGCGUGUUGUCCGAACAAGUACACGUUACUGCAGCUAACCUUGUACCUCAGAAGGAAACCACUAUUCUAUUUAGUCAAUCUGAUCAUUCCGACCUCAAUUAUCACUCUAAUCGCAAUCGUCGGAUUCUUCACGACUUCCUCCGCAUCGGGAAUGAGAGAAGAAAAGGUCUCAUUGGGUAUCACCACCCUUCUCUCAAUGUCCAUCUUGAUGUUAAUGGUGUCGGAUCAAAUGCCAACUACGUCCACAUUCAUCCCAUUGAUCGGAUGGUUCAUUCUCGCCAUGAUUAUUGUGAUCUCAUUGGGUACAGUGGUUUCAUCUGUGAUUAUUGCCGUCCAGAAACGCGGAAGUUUGGGCGAACGCAUGUCGAAGAGAGCUUUGAGGUUCGCGAGGUUGUUCGCAUGCCUCACUUGUACCGCUCUACCUCCGCAUAUUGAGAAGGAACAUGCGAUGGAGGCAUUCGACGCUCCAACACCGACUGUCGAUGUUCGACCAUUGCAAGUGGGAACUACGAAGGAGUCGGUACGGGCACGAUGGAUAUCUGUAGCUCGACGAGCUACUCAAAAAUCGCAUAGCGGACUAGCUCUGAUUUCCGACAAGAGCACAGAUCCUCUGAUUCAUUUGUCGCCGUCUGCUACUGCUCAAGACGAGGUGUUCGCCGCGUCAGCUCCGACACCCUCGCCACUACCGCCACCAACACCGGGACCAACUGACGAUUUGGUGUCGGUAGCAUCAGAUUUGUCGUCCAAGUUCUUAACGAGCAGGAUUAGAUCGUCGAAGAAAGAUAACACAUUUGCAGCAAUGCAAAGAUCAAUCAAAGCUAAUCGACAGCUCGCCGUGGCCGAAUACGAAUGGCUCGCCACUGUCAUGGAGCGCACUUGCUUCGUGGCAUUCGUCGUCGCGUUCUUCAUCAUCACCGUCGGCAUCAAUCUGAUCGGCUUCAUCCAUUGGAAACAAGCCGAGUACGAUGUGAUGACAAACUAA